AUGCUUUUGCGAAACAAGCUCAACAAAUACUUAUUAAUUGAGGUUGACGAAGACGACAAAUUACCUAAAAACAUUUGUAUCCAAUGUUGUACCAAGUUACAAUCGGUAUGUGACUUUAUAGACACGGCGCGAAAAGCUCAAGAAGUUCUUCUCCAACGAAGUUUUAUGAUAGACCAGAUAACUCCAAACAAUUGUAUGAUAUCGUUAGUCAAAACAGAGCAAAAACUUGAGCCUGUUGGGGUCGUCGACAAUGAAAAAUAUACUGAAAUGGAAGUGAGCGUGGAUCCCAUGAUGGUGCUUCAAAAUUCUGAAGCCACGUUAUCACCAGCUUAUGAUAACAAUGUUAACGACGUAACUUAUUUACAUGGUCUGGAUACUGAAAAUGUAACCAUAAAGUUAAUAAAGAAAGGCGAAACACAUACUUUAUUGGAAGGCAAGGCAAAGGAAAAACCUUCUAACUCAUCAGGCUCUCUCAACAGUGAUGAUGAUGAAAAAUUUCAUCUCAACCAACACACCGGGGCAAAACCUUACAAAUGUCCAUUCUGUGACAAGUGCUUUGCAAGUUCUGGAAAUUGUUACUCUCAUAGAAAUCGUAUGCAUCCUGGUGAAAAACAUGAAAGGUCUCUAAAAAGAACUAUUCCCACAGCGGAUGCUCCAGUACUCCGACCAAUUGCUCCUAAACCAAAACCUGCUGAAGGGCCUCCACAUAACAAUAUGGCCACUGUAAAUGGUGUGGUCAAAUUUAAAUGUCACUUAUGUGAUCAUAGUUUUGUGAAGAAAGAAAACUUCAAUUACCACAUGUAUCAACAUACGGGAGAAAAACCUUAUAAAUGCACUAACUGCACAGAAAAGUUCGUAACGAGAAGAGGGCUACUGAUACACCACGACAACAAACAUCCUACAGUGAAUCGGCCAUUGGGACUUAUCUCUAAAAAUAGUUUGCUCAAAUAA